CACCACCACCACCACCACCACCUUUUGGUAAUCCUUCUUCGAAUCAUAACAAGUCUUUGAUACAGGCUGGAACUGAAUGGUUAUUGUUGAUGUGUAGUUCGUCUGUCAGUCAGCCUUGAAGGGAUGAAUCUAGGGGGAUCAGUUGUGAGGUAAAUCCUUCUUCCUCGUCCUCUUCCUCCAUACACAUACAUUCACACAUUCUCAGAAACACACUCAUAUACAUUCAUACACACACACACUCUUUAUCCAUCUCAAAAGAAUACUUUUCUGUUACAGAAGGUGACUUCAACACUCCAAACUCUAGAAAAGUCUCUUACUUACCCCACCCCCACCAUCAACAGCCAAAUAACACUGACCAGUUGAAAAAUUGAAUAAAAGCCCCACACUUAAAUACUUUUGAAAGGUUUCAGACCCUUGACUUAAAAGUUCAUAUCUCACAUCCUUAUCCCCUUGUUUGGUUUUUUCUCUUUUUAUUCCCCAUUUUUUGUCCCUUUAAAUUUUCUGGGAUUUUCUGAAAAAAAAUCUGAAGAAAUGAGUAAUUCUUUCUUAAAAAUCAAGAAAUAUCAACAAUAAUGACUGCCCUUACUGCAUCCGUAUCAACUUUGGCUAAACCCGCCACAGAACAGCCCUUUAUGUGCACAGAGUGUGGCAAGUGCUUCAGCCAUUCGUCCAGCCUUUACAGACAUAAGCGUAGUCAUUCCACAACCUGUCCUUACACCUGCAACUGCUGCAAUAAGACUUUCAGCCAUGGUUCUAACUUACUCAAACAUUUAGAAACUCAUGUGUUAUCAAAAAAAACGGAAAACCAUAAUGGAUCACAUCUACAGCCCUUGACAUCUGAAUUUGUCAAUAAAAUCGAUCGUCAGUCAAUCAACUGCAAUAUCUGUGACAAGUCUUUUGCUCACACCUCAAGUCUUUCCCGACAUGUGAAGUGCCACUCUGGUCUCAGGCCGUAUACAUGUACGGUGUGUGAGAAAAGCUUCUCCACAGCUGCAAACUUGCGUAUUCAUUCAAGAGUACAUUCUGGCGAAAAGCCAUUCUCGUGUCAAGUGUGCUUGAGGGCGUUUGCCCAUUCUUCGACCUUGUCGAAACAUGUUCGUUCCAAGCACACGUCUGGUUUGAAACCCUACAUGUGUAAUCAAUGUGACAAAACAUUUUCAAUGCCAUCGAACUUAACAUCUCACCUCAAGACACAUUCUGGGGAAAAACCGCAUAUGUGUGUCGUGUGCAAUAAAUCUUUCUCCCAUUCUUCCACACUCUCUCAACACCUGAGAGUUCAUUCUGGAGAGAAGCCAUACAGAUGCCGAAUAUGUGCGAAAGCAUUUUCACACUCUUCCACCAGGUGGAAGCACAUGAGGACACACUCAACAGAACGACCUUACACAUGUGAUUUUUGUGAUAAAAGCUUUUCGGCGAUGGCCAACCUGACAGCCCACAUGCGUGUGCACUCUGGAGAGAAGCCCUUCAAAUGCCCGAUUUGUGAGAAGACGUUCUCUCAUUCUUCAACGUUAUGGAAACAUAGUCGAGUUCACUCAGGCGAGAAACCAUUCCAGUGCGAUAUCUGUUCUCGUAGUUUUGCUCUGUCGUCAACAUUAACCCGGCACAUACGAACCCAUACUGGUGAGAAGCCGUUUCUGUGUUCAAUCUGCGACAAGAGGUUUGCCCAGGCUUCCAACUUGGCACUCCACAUGCGAAAGCAUUCGGGAGAGAAACCGUUUGAGUGUCCCCUCUGCUGCAAGACGUUUUCUGUCUCAUCUAAUCUCCAAUCGCAUUUGAGGACGCACUCAGGAGAGAGGCCCUUCCAGUGCCGAUAUUGCUUCAAAACUUUCACACAUUCUUCCACUUUGUCCAAACAUGUCCGAGCGUUACAUUCUUCUUGAAAGGAUCGGCAAAACAAACUCACUUCCUACACACACUUAUAUAUAUAUAUGUUCAUAGCUAUACAUACACCUGUGAUUCCUGCCACCCCCUUGGCACCCAAGCAACAUUCCUAGUGCCCCUCCCUACUCACCACCACAAACAUGGACCACUUUUUGCAGCAAAUCCAAAACAACUGUAAUUCACAGAUAAAACUAAACCUAAUUAACCCAUUCUCUUGUUGUUUUUACAUCCGUCAGCCCCUUUUGCGCUCUACUUUUCUUCAACACCCCACUGAAUCUUUCCACCGCCCCAAAGGGGACAGUACCCCACCCCACUCUGGGAACCGCUGACAUACACAUUUGUAUAUGCUGCCACACUACAUACGCUCAACAAAAAUGUCUUUAUCUCACCGUAAAACUUUUUAUUGUUAAACAAGACUCUUAACUCUUCUUGCCCAGCAAAGAAAUAAUGUCAAACAAUA